UGCUGUUAACAUACAACUACAAAAAAGCAAACCCAUCAACCCUUUUCUUUGAACUUAUUCCUUCUUGGUAACCUUAAGACACACACACACUACUCUUUCAUUAUGGAAUUCAGAUCCAAGUCAUGCAGAGAUGAAAGGCUGCAGAUUGAAAGGUACUGUGGAGGCAAGGUGGCCCCAACAAGCAUGCAAGAUCUGAGGUGUUACAGUGCUAAUAAUGCUGCUUAUGCACACCAGAUAGGUAGUAAGGAGGUGAAGGAGAAGAAAGGGAAAAGCACAGUAACUAAACCAUCAAAAAGUUGGAGCUUCAGUGACCCUGAGUUGCAGAGGAAGAAGAGAGUUGCUGGCUAUAAAAUAUAUGCUGCUGAGGGCAAAAUGAAAGGCUCUCUAAGAAAGAGUUUCAGGUGGAUCAAGAAUGCAUACACGCAAGCUCUCUAUGGAUGGUGGUGAAUCAUGUCUUAUUCUCUUUUUCUUCAUAUUUUUUUUUUCUUUUUCUGUAAUGAGAGUUACUUAUUUGUUUGUUUCUCAGUAAGUGUUUAAAUUAAAUCCUCCAUCUGCCGUAGUAGUCAUAUCUGGUUGGAGCAGGAUUGUCUCCAUUGAGUCUUUUACCAAAAGUCCCACAUCCUUUCAAAAGUUCAAUUCCUUUUUGUAUGAGAUUCCAUGGCUUAUGGGUGUGUAGUUUGGUUACUACUGCUGAGUUUCUUAAUUAUCACUUCAAAUUUAAGAUGAAUAUUACUGGGUUUGAAUUAGAA